AACCAAACAAACAUGUCAUAUAAAGCAUUCUUGAACCAUAGCAAAGUAUCAAAAGAGGACCAGGAGUUUUACGACUUGAAGAACAAAGCCGCAGAGUAUUACAGGUCCAACGGGGUCCCGCAGAAGAUAGAAAACGUCCUGAACGAGAUGUUUUGGCAGAAGCCGGAUGAUAUCUAUGGUUAUCUGGCGAACUAUUUUUCCAGGCUCUCCUAUACUCCUGUGAUUAGUAAAAUCAUCGGAAGAGAGGUGUUUGACGGAAGAGGAUUGACAGCAGUUCAGACCCAAGUGUACUAUAUCAUCAGAAAUGAGGAAAAGGUGGUGUGCAGUGCAGUGAUGAGUGGCCCUAGUGAUGGUCUGGAGGCUGAUGGUGUGGCAGAGUCAGGGGAGGCAUUUUCUGACAGCAACCAGCAACGUCUGUCUAUCACAACAGCUCUGAAGUGGAUCAGAGAGCAUCUCAGUCCAAUGCUGCAAGGCUUCAACCCCACUGAUCAAACCAAUGUAGACAAACUACUCAGUGAUUUCUUCAUGGCACGUUACCUGGAGCACAAGGACAGUCUUAACAUAGAGAAGGAGGAUGAGCUGAGGAUUGAAUCAGUGCCUGAGGCUCCGCCCCAGGCCACUCCCACACCUGCACCUACCAAAGACAAGAAAGGAAGUGAUAAAGGUAAAAAAGGAAACAGCACAGAGAAGCCCCUCCCUCCUGCAGAGACCCCAGUGCCACAGCUGCCAGGAGCUACGGCAGUGGGUGUGGUUUCUUUGGCUGUGGCAAAAACUGCUGCCAGACUUCUAGGAGAACCCUUAUACCGACAUAUCACAUCAGUCAGAGUCCCGCAGCCUAUAGGUGUAACAGAAGAGGGGGCAUUACAGGUGGGGUUUGAACGUCCCGAACAGGUUCUUGAUCUGGUCACAGAGGCAUGUGCUAACCUGGCAUUGCCUCUGGGUUCAGACCUGCGCUUGGCUAUAAACUGUGCAGCACACGGCCUGAUGGACUAUUCUUGUGGGAGGUAUGAGGUGAUGUCUGGCUGUCACAAAUCCCCAGAUGAAUUGGUGGACAUGUACGAGGGUCUGAUUAAUAAAUAUCCUGCUAUCACAUCCCUCAUUGAUCCUUUCAGGAAAGAGGAUGUAGAUCAGUGGGAGAGACUGGCUUCAGUGAUUGGUCAGUCAUGCUGCCUGAUUGCAGAUGCUGCAUCCAAUCGCUGUCCUCGCUGGAGUGAAGUGAAACCCCUCCCACCUGGGGUCACCAGGGUCAUUAUUAGGCACCACAGUUAUAUGACCAUCUCUGACCUUAUAAAAAGUAUAGCAGAGCAGAAAGAUGCAGAGACGGUCCUGGCUGCAGGCAGUGGUGAUACAUCAAUUGUUGACCUGGCUGUAGGGUCAGGUGUGUCCUUUCUCAAACUGGGUGGGUUGAGAGGAGGAGAGCGAAUGGACAAAUACAAUCGUCUGUUGGCAAUAGAAGAGGACCUGGAGCAGGAGGGGAUCCUGGGUGCUAGAGAAAAAAAACAGCCUCUCUCAGAUCUUUCCGAAACACUUAACUCCGGAAGCGGCUGUGACUCUGUGACCAUCUCUACUUGAUGUGACUUCAUCUCCUGUCUGUCUGCCUGACAUUAUCACAGUAGGGUUUGUCUGACCUGACUGUAUGACAUCUAAACGCAUAUUAAUUACAAUUCACAUCAAAAUAUCUUUUUAGUGCAAGAUUGUAAACAUGUGAAUUGACUCAUCAUAUGCACCAUAUUUCUAUGUGAUAUGCUUUAGUGCUUAUAGAUGGUUUAAACAUUAAAAACAUUAUUAAAUAAACAAACAUGUUUUUAUAUAAAGCCCACCCACAAUU